AUGAAGGAUCGUCUUCCUCCGUCCAUCUACGUUCCGCCGCACCAGCGCCUCGCCUUUGAACCUCUUCCUCUCUCCCACUCGCCCAUUCGCUAUAUCUCCGCCUAUGAUGACCGCCUUUCCGAGGAACCUAGUUCUGACCCCGAGCCAGUUGCAUUUCAUUCUGCCAACUUGGCUGAAUGGUCAAGAAUCUUUUCUAUGCUUUUACGUGAUUCUGUGAAGCAAGAAAUUCUUUCCAGGGAGAAAAAGGAUCGAAGGGAUUUUGAUCAACUUAAGGCACUUGCUACAAGCCUCGGAUUGUAUAGUCAUGCAUAUGCUAAGGUUAUUGUGUUCAGUAAGAUCCCACUCCCAAACUAUAGGUUUGAUCUAGAUGACAAGAGGCCACUCAGGGAGUUGAAUUUGCACACGGACCUUCUUAAAAGAGUUGAAGCUUACCUCAGAGAAUACCUCAGUAAAAGGAUGGAUAGAGUCCCUGCCAAUCCUUUCUCAAGAACUAGUAGCACAAGCAGUAUCGCUACGGAUGAAGGGCUUCUUGAGCAACCAGAGCCCAUGGCUGCCAACAAGACAACCCUGGACCAGAUUCUUUGGCAAAGAAGCUUACAGCUGCGUGAUAGACAAAAAUAUUGGGAGGAAUCGGUAGAAGGUCGAAGAAUGCUGGAAUCUCGCACAAGUCUCCCUGCUUUCAAGCAGAGGGAUUCAGUAUUGACAGCAAUUUCACAAAAUCAGGUUAUUGUUAUCUCUGGAGAAACAGGUUGUGGCAAGACCACACAAAUUCCACAGUUUAUUUUAGAAUCUGAGAUUGAAGCAAACCGUGGAGCUUUCUGCAGUAUCAUAUGUACUCAACCAAGGAGAAUAUCUGCUAUGUCUGUAUCGGAGAGGGUCGCUUACGAAAGAGGAGAGCAGUUGGGUGAAUCCGUUGGAUAUAAAGUUCGAUUGGAAGGUGUUAAAGGAAGAGAUACUCGCCUACUCUUUUGCACCACAGGCAUUUUGUUGAGAAGGUUGCUGGUAGAUAGAAAUUUAAGAGGAGUUACUCAUGUUAUUGUGGAUGAAAUUCACGAGCGUGGAAUGAAUGAAGAUUUCCUGCUUAUCAUUCUUAAAGAUCUCCUUUCUCGUCGCCCAGAGCUUAAGCUGAUUCUGAUGAGUGCAUCUUUAGAUGCUGAGCUUUUCUCAUCAUACUUUGGUGGGGCAGGUGUAAUUCACAUUCCGGGCUUUACAUAUCCGGUUCGUAGUCAUUUCCUAGAGGAUGUUCUGGAGAUAACCGGGUACAGAUUGACUCCUUUCAAUCAAACUGAUGAUUAUGGUCAAGAAAGAAUGUGGAAGAUGAACAAACAUAUCCCAAGAAAACGGAAGAGCCAAAUUGCCUCUGUCGUCGAGGAUGCACUGAGAGCAGCUGACUUCAAGGAGUUUAGCCCCGAGACUCGAGAAUCUUUAUCUUGUUGGAAUCCUGAUUGCAUUGGUUUUAAUCUCAUAGAAUUUCUCCUAUGCUAUAUAUGUGAGAAUGAGAGUCCUGGUGGUAUUUUAGUUUUUAUGACGGGAUGGGAUGAUAUCAGCUCUCUGAAAGAAAAACUCCAGAUUCAUCCAAUCUUUGGCAAUCCAGACCGAGUUAUGUUGCUUGCCUGCCAUGGUUCUAUGGCAAGUUUUGAGCAGAGGUUAAUAUUUGAAGAACCUGCAAGUGGAGUAAGAAAGAUAGUUCUAGCCACUAAUAUCGCAGAAACGAGCAUCACGAUCAAUGAUGUUGCCUUUGUCAUUGACUGUGGGAAGGCAAAAGAGACAUCCUAUGAUGCAUUGAAUAAUACCCCUUGCUUGCUCCCUUCUUGGAUUUCGAAGGUUUCAGCUCAGCAGAGAAGAGGAAGAGCCGGUCGUGUUCAACCUGGACAGUGUUAUCAUCUGUACCCAAAGUGUGUAUAUGAUGCUUUUGCAGAAUAUCAGUUGCCUGAAAUUUUGAGGACGCCUUUGCAGUCAUUGUGUCUGCAAAUCAAAAUUUUAAAUCUCGGAAGCAUAUCUGAGUUCUUAUCAAGGGCUCUGCAAUCUCCUGAACUACUAGCGGUUCAAAAGGCCAUUGAAUAUCUGAAGAUAAUAGGGGCAUUGGAUGAGAAUGAAUACCUCACAACACUAGGUCGUUAUUUGUCCAAGCUUCCCAUGGAGCCAAAGCUUGGGAAAAUGCUCAUACUAGGAGCUAUUCUUGGUUGCCUUGAUCCCAUAUUGACUGUUGCAGCUGGCCUGAGUGUGAGAGAUCCUUUCUUGACACCUCUGGACAAGAAAGAUCUUGCAGAAGCCGCAAAGUCCAAGUUUUCACGCGAUCACAGUGAUCAUCUUGCACUUAUUCGGGCAUAUGAGGGGUGGAAAAAAGCUGAGGAAGAGUCUGCUGUAUAUGAUUACUGCUGGAAAAACUUUCUCUCAGUACAGUCGAUGAGAGCUAUUGACUCUCUCCGAAAAGAAUUCUUCUCAUUACUCAAAGAUACCGGACUAAUAGAUGGAAACCCAGCGACCUGCAAUUCAGGGGGGAAUGAUGAGAAUCUUACCCGAGCAGUUAUUUGCUAUGGAUUGUAUCCAGGAAUCUGCUCGGUUGUGCAUAAUGAGAGAUCAUUUUCCCUGAAGACUAUGGAGGAUGGCCAAGUUCUUCUUUCUUCAAAUUCUGUAAAUGCAAGGGAAACAAAAAUACCAUAUCCGUGGUUGGUUUUCAACGAGAAGAUAAAAGUAAACUCUGUUUUCUUGAGAGAUUCAACAGCUGUCUCUGACUCUGCGCUUAUCCUCUUUGGGGGUACCAUUUCGAAAGGAGACACUGAUGGCAACCUGAAAUUGUUGGGAGGAUACUUGGAGUUUUUCAUGAAACCUGCUGUUGCAGAGAUAUACCAAACGUUGAAGAAAGAGCUCGACGAGCUGAUACAGAGCAAACUACUUAAUCCUAAAAUGGACAUGCAAGCACACCGUGAACUCUUAUCGGCUAUUCGGUCAUUGCUCUCUGAGGAUGGAUGUGAGGGAAGAUUUGUGUUUGGUCGCCAAGUACGUCGGCCUAUAGAAACGUCGGCGGUGUCAACACAAGCGACAUCGGUUUCAAGGACUGAAAGUGGGCCAGGGGGUGACAAUUCCAAGAGUCAGCUCCAAACAAUACUCACUAGGGCGGGUAAUGCAGCACCGAUGUAUAAGACAAAGCAAUUGAAGAACAACAAGUUCCAAACAACAGUAGAGUUUAAUGAGACACAGAUCAUGGGGCAGCCUUGCAGCAACAAGAAGAGUGCUGAGAAGGAUGCUGCAGCUGAAGCUAUACAAUGGCUGAUGGGUGGGGCUAAGGAAAGCCAUGAUCACGUGAAUCAUAUGUCAAAGUUGCUGAAGAAAAGCAAGAAGGAUCACCUCUGA